AUGCAGAUGGCAAGGAGAGAGAAUCAAGCUUCCCAUGUGCAAACAAACAAGAAAUUGAGUGAAAAGGUCAUCUUCAGCAAUGAAACACCAAAAGAGAACCAUGUGGCUGUUGACAACCUUGCUAAUGGGGUUGGUAUAACAAAUCAGGGUGAAGAUGGUGAAAACAACCCAAGAGAUGGAGCUACUCAGCAUCCCAGUUGGAGUUAG